UAAAAACAGGAAGCGCUUUACCCAAUCGUUCUGCAGCAGUGUUAACCUUAUACCUAUAUGAUAAAGUACUUAUCAUCUGGUGCGAAUGCGCUGUAUUUGAAACAAAGCUAAAACGUGUUAUUCUACCUUUCUGUAAAUGAAGAGGUGAAUAUUAUACUCUCGCUAUGAGUCUAGAGAAACGUUCGCUACUCUUGUGUUGACUGGUGUGAAGGCGCUAGAGAGCCGCUGGCGGCCCCUGCUGUCAGAGCUGCGGAACUGCACGCUAGCGGUUCGCAUCGUUCAGAAGAGCUGGGAGGGAGAGCACUGGAGACUCAUCUUCACAGAAAGACUGGAAAUGACUGCCCUGCAAACCGAGGAACUGCUGGAGGCUGGAGAAGGGUUCGGCCGUGGUGUUAUAGCAGGUCUUGUGUAUGUUGGGGAGACGUGGUGUUGUCCUGAGGAUAUUCCCUGUGAAGAGAUGAGAGAGCUGGAAACAGCAGCUUGCUUGACUGAACUCAGAAUGAAAUACCUUACCAGACUCUCAAACCCCCAGUGGCUUAAUGAACCAAUAUAUUCCAGAGGCCAUAAAGAUGUGUGGACGGUCUCCUGCCCCCUGCUCCUUCUCAUCCGUAACAGUGAAACAGAGAUUAUUUGUGUCUGAGACACUGAGAUGUGCCUCCCUGGAGAUUUGCAAUGUAUCUAAUGUGUGCAGGUUAUUUUUUUCAACAUUAAAUAAAAAAUGCAUUUGUUACAUACCUGUAUAUAUAUAUAUGACAUGUGUCAGUAUUCGAUAAUGAACAUGCACGAUAUU